AUGGAGGAGCUGAAGAAUCUGAUUCGGGCACUGCGAGGACUGGCGCGCGUGCGCAUGGAUGCACAUGGAUGCGUCGGGGCGGCAUGCCAAGGCGAAGAGCUCAAGCAAGCGGUCGAGGAUGGCGCAGUGGACGCUGUGGAGGAUGGCGCUGCGGGCGCUGUGGAGAUGGAGGACGCGCCGGUGCCGGUACACGCAAUCAACGCCGACGACAUGGAGUCGGACUACGCGGAUACGCUCCAAUGGAGCGAGGAUGAGUUCGAGGUGGCCGAGAGCGGCGAGGAGGGGGGUGGGCAGUCAGCUAGCACGAAGCCUGUAGCGGAGCAGCCGGCGCAGAUCAUGGCGCAGCCGGCCAAGCUGCAAGAUGCGGACGUGGCGGAUGCGGAAACGGUGGAUGCCGAACAGCCAGGCGAGGCGAAGCUGCUUGAUGCGGUCACGGUGGAUGUGGUGGAGCAGCCGGCCCCGGCCAUGGUGCUUGAUGCGGUCACGGUGGAUGUGGUGGAGCAGCCGGCCCCGGCCAGGGUGGAUGUGGGUUGUGACGAGCAGCCGGAUGCGGCCAUGGUGGAUGAUGUGGAGCAGCCGGCUGCGGCCGAGGAUUUGGAGCAGCGAGUGGAGGCGAAGCCGCUUGAUGCGGCUGUUGUGGAGGCGAAGCCGCGCGAGCGGGCAGCGGAGAUCAAAAGUGCGGAGCUGUUAGAUCUGGUGGAGGUGGAGCCGGCGAAGGCGGAGCAGGCGGCGCCGGAGCUCCUGCAAGCCUUGGAGGAGGCGGAAGAGAAGCAGCAGGAAGGCCUAGACUCGGACCCGGAGGAGGUCAAGAAGAGGCAAAGCUUCAAGGCAGGGCCCGGUCUGCUCUUGGCACGAAUCUGUGUUGCAUGCACGCAGGACCGCAAGCCUUUGUUUCCUUUGCCCGAGCUGCCGAAUCUGGUGAAGGCCCACUUGCAGGAGCACUUCCCGCAGCUCAUGCAGGAUGUUCCGGAAGACGCUGCCAUGAACGGGAUCAGCCGCUUGGUGAUGGAGGCAGGGCUUGCGCGCGUUGAUUGA